AUGGCAUUGCCUGAACUUCUCUCCCAAGAGCACAGCCUACUGUUUCUGAUACUGAUUGCCCUUUUCUCCUGCGCGGCUGGGUACCGCCUUUGGUAUGCAUUCGCCGGGCCGCUUUCUCACUUUCCCGGUCCUACGAUCGCCUCAAUAACGAGCGGUUGGGAUAUGUACCAGGACAUAAUCGCACAGAGAAAUGCCCGUCAUCUUAUGUGCAGGCUUCAUGAGAAGUAUUCGUCGCCAAUCAUCAGAAUACGUCCCAACUUCUUGCAUAUCAAUGACCCCGAGCUAUUCCACGAAGUUUUUCAUUCCCAAAUAGCGUACCGCAAAGACCCUGGAUUUUACGCGCAGUUCGGAGUCCCAGGGGCCCUAGGAGCAGAGACCAACCCACUUAUCCACCAGCGUCAACGGAAACAGCUUGAUCCAUUCUUCAGUUCCAAAGGAAUUGAGGCCUGUUACCCCAAUAUUCGGGCGAAAGUGGACGUCAUGUGUCAAGGCCUGCAGCAGCGUCAGUCCGCUGGGGAGGCUGUAGAGCUUGUGGAUCUCUUUAAGCGACUAACCUGCGAUGUGAUAUAUCUACUCGCCUUCGGGAUGGACUUACAUUAUACAGAUAAUUUUAGCACCGAAGCAAGUAUCCUAACUGAUAUGGAAGCAACACUGGGAAGCGUCAUAUUCUUCAAGUGGGUUCCAGGACUAAAUCGCUUGAUUUUCAGUCUUCCGUUGUCGGUUAUUGGAACAUUCUUUGGAGGUUAUGUGAAGAUGCGCAGGCGCAGUGACCAGCUAGUACAAAAGAACUACUCCCGAAUUCUUCAUGAGAAUGAUAAGGAUAGAUCAUUGGAUAGUACAAUCUUUGACAGGUUUUUGCGAUCAUUCGCUGGGAUCCAGGAGGGUUUAAACUUGACCAAGGUCCAAAUCGAAAGGCUCGUCGACGAGGCUUUUUUCCUCAUCUUCGCAGGCUCAGACACCACAGCGCAUGCACUAACCACAACCCUAGUGUGUCUUUGCAAAUAUCCCGAGAAGAUGAUUAAAUUACGACAGGAAGUGGAAUGCCUUGGGAAAGCUAAGGUGCAGGAUAUACAGCUGGCAACAAUCUCACAGAUGCCGUAUCUUGAUGCUGUGAUCCGCGAAGCAACUCGACUCAGCUCGCCAAUUUCUACGGUUUUGCCUCGUGAGAUUACCACUACAGAAUGUGUUAUAGGCGGGUAUUCCCUCCCAAAAGGUACCGUAGUUGGCUUUCACUUGGAUGAUAUCAACAGAAACCCCAAAUUCUUCCCCGAGCCAAACGAGUUCAUCCCGGAACGAUGGUCUGGGGAAGAAGGGAAAAAACUACAGAGAUGGUUUGUGCCUUUCUCCAAAGGUGCUAGGAGAUGCAUCGGAAUGGACUUGGCUAUUAUCGAGAUGAAGCUGGUCGUCGCUUCGAUCAUAACCAGAUUCGAAAUCUGGUUAGACAAUCCGAACGCCACGUUGGACAACCAAGAAGUGAUUCUUAAAACCUUCAAGGAUGACCUCCGGAUCAGGCUCAGAGAGACGGCCGUCUGA